AUGGCAGAUGUUACUAGGAGGUGGAUAACGCGUAUUCUUGUGACAGUUCUGACAUGCGUGCUCUUUCCUGCCUGUGGUUUCGCCGAGUCAGAUAGCGAAGAAUAUAAAGGAAAAUACCUCGGCAAGCUGAACGCGUAUCAUCAUCAAGUUGCUGGUGAUGUUUACGUGGUUGACGAGUACACGUUGUUGCUGAUCUCCUUCAGCUACGAUGGCAACGGAGCCGAUACUUUCUUCUGGGCUGGUGCAUCGAAUCGACCUGGCCCGCAAGGUUUCAUCGUGCCGGACGAAUGGGGCAAAACAAAUGUCCUGGAUCGAUACUUCAAUAAGGAUUUCACGCUUACCCUGCCAGACAAUAAAAAGAUAACGGAUAUAAAAUGGUUCGCUGUGUACGACUUGGGCAGCCAGAAUACGUUUGGCGACGUGUACAUUCCCGAAGAAUUCGAUCCACCGGCUCCACAGAAGAUUUCUCAAUUAACGAAACGGUCCCAUGGCGUGUCUUCGGAGUCUCUCAUAAUCAUGGACUCAAAAACUAUUAAAAUACCAGAAUUCACAUACGAUGGGGAAGGGACAGACACGUAUUUCUGGGUAGGACUUGGACCACAACCUUCUAGCAAAGGGACCAAAGUUCCCGAUGAAUAUGGCUAUUUGGAUCCUAUUCAUGCCUACAAGGAAGAGGAUGUAAUCAUUCAAUUACCCGGGGACAUGACAGUGUUCAAUAUCGAUUGGCUGAGUAUUUUCGACGUGAAGACUAAAUCGAACUACGGCUCUGUUAUAAUUCCGGAUGGACUAAAUGUGCCUCCUUCGUUAGUAAAAGUGAUCAAACACACGCAGACUUUGCCGAAUUGCGUCCAACUUCACAAACGAUUUCAAGUUAGCUGGGAAAUUUUCGGUCCUCAGAUCACCGUUCAAUUAGCGGGACAAGUCAAUGACGACGAAUACAUGGCGUUUGGUCUAUCCGGUUCCGAGACUUCUAGCCAAAUGGAAGGUGCAGACGUCGUAAUUGCUUAUGUGGAUGGUACCAGAGGCUACGCGGUAGAUUACAACAUUACAGCGAAAGCUCCGUGUGGGAAGGUACUCGGCCAAUACAAAGGAGUGUGCAGGGAUGAGCUGUUCGGUGGUUUGGAUAAUAAUCAGAUGUAUACCGCGGUUAGAGAGGAUGGAAUUAACGUUGUUACUUACAGGCGUACCCUUAUCUCGUCCGAUCCAGGAGACAAAGAAUAUCCAACGGAUCGACCAGUUUACGUGGUAUGGGCUCUAGGGAGAUUAGACGAGAAUAAGGAGCCAACAUUCCACGAUGUAUACCCCAAGGGUGAUCUGAAAUUAGAAUUGGUCCGUCAGGAGCCCGAGAACACGUGCAUGGAUUUUACGGAAAACGAUGAGAAAUUAAUAGAACCGUGGGAGAAGGCAGAGAUAUUCGACAGAAGUAUUCGAACGUUUAAAGCCACGAUUGGCCCGUCUGGAGGCAAGAAGGGAUAUCAAGGAAUCACAGGACAAACAUCCACAGGUUUAGCAUGGUACAUCGAGGGCCAACUGGUGCCCGAAUUAUAUCUGCGUCGUGGAUUAACUUACAACUUCCGUAUUCAUGGUGGAAAUAAUCCUCACAGUUCCAAUUUGUACCAUCCGUUGAUUAUAACUAAUGAACCACACGGCGGAUACGAUAAACUCAGCGACGCAGCGAAAAGUAAAAUUAGAGUUUUGGCUGGAGUCGAAUUCACCAGAAGAGGACAACCCAGACCAACCGCAGUUGGUCCGCUUUGCUUGAGCAAACAUGGCGGACGAGAUAGAAGACUAGACGAUGAUUUUGUAACGUUUAAACAAUUCAAUAGGUCAUUAGUGAGUACGUGUGAGCCAGGAGAGGGUGGAAUUUUGGAAGUUACACCGAACUCCACGUGGCCUGAUAUGGUUUAUUACAAUUCAUUUACUCACGCCAACAUGGGUUGGAAGAUACACGUUGUGGAUGCUUACUCGAAAAGCGUCGCUGUUACUCGACAUUUAUCGUUACUCGCAGGAAUAAUGGCUGUGUUUUUUCGUUUGUUAUAA